AUGGGGUGUAUUGACAACCCGGGACUUCCCCUCCGCAGCACCCGGCGGAAUCGUGUGUUUGCUCUCCUCUACCGUGUGGUUGCUGUGUUCCUGUAUUCGGUCAAAAUGCAUCGCAUGGAUGAUGAACUGACGCACGGGCGGAAGGUGUAUGUGGGUAAUCUAGACCCGGAGUCCACUUCUACGGAGCUGGAGGAGAUCUUCAGACGUUAUGGGAAGCUCAGCAAUAUUUGGGUGGCGAGGAACCCUCCUGGGUUUGCAUUCGUAACCUUUGAGGACAUGAGGGAUGCCAGAGACGCGGUGGAGGCGACGGACGGAAUACUGCAUCGGGAGAAGUACCCGGGAUACAGCAGCGAGGGAAGCGACUACAACGAUUACCGCGGUCGAAGGGGCCGUAGCCGUAGCCGCAGUGUCGACAGACGACGUUCCUACAGUCCGCGCCGUCGAGACUACUCAGACGACGACCGGGACAUGAGAGGAGGCCGAGGAAGGAGGUGGUGGACUGGUGCUUCUCGUCGGGUCUCUCCGAUCACCAAAUGCGAAUACGAUAAGUUGCAGAUAUCGUAUCAGGAACUGUAUCAGGAGAUGCGCCAGAACACGUUCGAACUGGCGAUUAGCCCUAGCGGGGGUGUACCGUGGGGGGCGGGCUUGGCAAACGCUGUCUAA